GUGGUCGUUGGUCGUGACGCGCCCACGCCCAUCUCACGCAAAGUCGAGAGCGGACAGACAGCGAACGACAUUCCUCAUGGGCCGCAAGCCGCUCGCGUCCGCCCGCACGGCCAGCCGCUCGGCGGCGGCGGCGGCGCACGUGCUCUCGCAGUGCCUGAGGGCGGCCGCCCUCUACCUCGGCAGUGAUAGCCUAUUUCAUGGACGGAUCAGCGUGCCGGUGUUCGCGGCGGCCACGCACGCCGCCGUCGCCGCCACGCUUGCGGCGGCGUACCGACCGCCGCUUGCUGCCGCCCUCGCAAACGCGCACGCACUGCUGCUCUCUGGCGCAGCGUGUGCGGCGUCGCUCUGCCUGUGGUCGCUCGGCCUCGCGCGGUGCGGCCCGCUGCGCACCACCCUGCUCGACUACUCCGAGCUCGUCGUGGCGAACGUGCUCGCGGCCCUUUCCGGCAGGCCGGUGCGGCAGCGCGGGCGGCGGCGCGGCCUUCUCGCCCUGCUUCUCGCCUAUGCCGCGCUGCUGCUCACCCACGGCAUGCACCACCGCGAUGGCGGCGGCGGCAAGGCGGAGCGCUUCUUCGAGCCCGAGAGCGGGGUGUACGACUCUGCGCGCUCGCUCCUGGACUCGGCCUCCGGCGAGGCUGCGCUCGCUGCCGCCGCCGCCAUCAACGCGCUGCGGCGGUCGGCGAGCCGCCGCCUCGAGGCUGAGGUCGGGCCAAACCGGCUGGAGGCGCUGACGCACGCUGCAGCCGGUUUGCUGCUGCUGCUGCUACUGCUUGCUCAGGCGGGCCUGCCGGUCUCGAAGAUUGGCCGCGACUGA